UAAUCCUUAAUAACAGUUUGGUGUGUAUCCAAAAAAAACUUUUUUGUAGCAUUGUUCUCCAGAGUGUUUGAAGGAUUUCUUCUGAUAAAGUUUCUUUAGUCUUUAGCCAGAACUAGUCUUUGACCCACUUAGUCUACUGAUAAGCAGGAAAUAGCACUUUUCUCCCCCCCUUUGAAGCUAGAAAGGCAGGCCUAAAGUGAGUAGGAGCAUUCUGAGAAAUGGAAACUUAAAAAAGGCGGCAACCUUCUAGUUUCAUUCUCAGAAAUACCAAAGCAGUCAAUUUCCUGGGCUUGUUUUUCUGCAGAGAGCUCAGAUUUGAGAGCCAUUUCUAGCCUUUGAGGGUUACCACUGUCCUCAGCCAAACUGCAGGGACUCCUAAGUAUAUCAGAACUCCUGGAACUUUCUCAUCUUUUCAGCAUCUCAACCCUGUGGAAUCUUUUAAUUCGCAAGUGCCACCAGGACAUUUGCGAUGUACUCUGGAGUCCCUCUGGAAGGAGCUGUCCUCACGGCAUGAAGGAUUAGGGGAGUUAAUAAAUAAGCAAACACAACCUUUCUCCUGGGGAAUUGUGAUCCUCUCUAGAAGCUGGGCUGUGGACCUGAAUUUGCAGGAGAAGCCAGGAGUCAUCUGUGAUGCUCUGCUGAUAGCACAGAACAGCCCUGGCAGGGCCAGGACUACUGCACUUGCACUGCUCUUACUUGGAAGCAGAACCUGGUGAACGUGGGGGACUACACCGGGAAGGUGUGUGUCAGGGCCAAGGUCCUCUGUCUGAGUCCUGAGAGCAGCGCAGAGGCCUUGGAGGCUGCAGUGUCUCCAAUGGAUUACCCCGCGUCCUAUAGACUUGCAGGCACCCAGCACAUGGAAGCCCUGAUGCAGUCCCUCGUGAUUGUCUUGCUUGGCUUCAGGUCUCUCUUGAGUGACCAGCUCGGCUGUGAGGUUUUAAAUCUGCUCACAGCCCAGCAGUAUGAGAUAUUCUCCAGAAGCCUCCGCAAGAACAGAGAAUUGUUUAUCCACGGCUUACCUGGCUCAGGGAAGACCAUCAUGGCCAUGAAGAUCAUGGAGAAGAUCAGGAAUGUGUUUCACUGUGAGGCACACGGAAUUCUCUACGUUUGUGAAGGUCAGUCUCUGAGGAACUUCAUCAGUCCUUAGCAUCCAAGGAAUGGACCCAAGAUACUACGCCAUAUUCCCAGUGGGAGAUGACCACUGCCACCUGCCCGAGGGAAAGCCAUUCUUGGACAUAACUGGUAGGAUUUGCAGCUGACACAAAGCCUCCAACUUGGGACAACAUUCCUGAAGAGUAAAGCGGGAGACGCCCUGGCAUUGUUUUGGUUCAUUUUCUACGUCCCGGACUUCCCUUGGUCCAACUUAUUCCUUCAUAGAGGAAGGGGAAUGGGGUCUGCCCAGAACUAUUUCACCCCCCGACACAGUGGGAGCUCCCUGUUCCUGCCAGCUUAAGGAAAUGCCACUCACACACGGGGAUGUCUUUCUCCCUAGAGGUCUCUCCAUCAGACCCCACCCUGAGAAGUGGUCUCCCUGAGUGCGGUGUAAGAGAGCCCUUUUUCCCAUCACAGGGGUCCGGGAAGCCCAAGGAUGGAGGGACUCAUGCCUGCUGCUUCACCUCACCUGGUUCUCCUUUCCAAUGGGCCACCCAUGUCAGCAAGCCCCAGGAGUGACUCGCUUCAAGCUCCUCCUCCUGGGAAUGGAAGGACGAUGGAACAAAGCUCCUUGCAGAGGCUGACAAACAGUACAGAAAAUAACUUCUGCUUGGAAACUGCUUAACUGCUGGGAAAAUGAACAUCAGUAUUGAUUUAGACACAAAUUAUGCUGAGCUGGUUCUAAAUGUGGGAAGAGUCACUCUUGGAGAGAACAAUAGAAAAAAAAUGAAGGAUCGUCAACUGAGUAAACAGCAGAAUGAAAAUAUCUCACGAGCUGUGUGUGCUCUGCUGAAUUCUGGAGGGGGAGUGAUCAAGGCUGAAGUUGAGAAUGAAGACUAUAGUUAUAAAAAAGAUGGAAUAGGACUAGAUUUGGAAAAUUCUUUUAGUAAUAUGCUGCCAUUUGUUCCUAAUUUCCUGGACUUCAUGCAGAAUGGUAACUACUUUCACAUUUUUGUGAAAUCAUGGAGCCUGGACACCUCUAGUCUGCAGAUUGCCACGUUGAGCUCCAGUUUGUACAAGAGAGAUGUAACGUCUGCAAAAGUCAUGAAUGCUUCUGCUGCACUGGAGUUCCUCAAAGACAAGGAAAAAACUGGAGGGAGAGCAUAUUUAAGACCAGAAUUGCCCGCAAAGAGGGCCUGUGUUGAUGUACAAGAAGAAAGUAACAUGGAAGCCUUGGCUGCUGAUUUUUUUAACAGAACAGAACUUAAUUAUAAAGAAAAAUUGACCUUUACUGAAUCCACACACGUUGAAAUUAAAAACUUCUCAACAGAAAAGUUGUUACAACGAAUUAGAGAGAUUCUCCCUCAAUAUGUUUCUGCAUUUGCAAAUACCGAUGGAGGAUAUUUAUUCGUUGGUCUAAAUGAAGAUAAAGAAAUAAUUGGCUUUAAAUCAGAGAAGAGUUACCUUACUAAGUUAGAAGAAGUAACAAAAAAUUCCAUUGGGAAACUACCUGUGCAUCACUUCUGUAUGGAGAAGGGGACGAUAAAUUACUCAUGCAAAUUCCUUGGAGUAUAUGAUAAAGGAAGUCUUUGUGGAUAUGUGUAUGCACUCAGAGUGGAGCGCUUCUGCUGUGCAGUGUUUGCUAAAAAGCCUGAUUCCUGGCACGUGAAAGAUAACAGAGUGGAGCAGCUGACCGAGAAGGAAUGGAUCCAGUUCAUGGUGGAUUCAGAACGAGAACUGCCCUCUCCAGCGAGUACAUCAUCGCCUGUCUCCCAGAGUCGUCUUCUUCGUGAAUAUAUUAACUCCAAAAUUCAGCCACUGAGAUAUCACCUUCCAGGGCUAUCAGAAAAGAUAACUUGUACUCCAGAAACCCUCUGCAGAAAUCUGUUCUCACAACAUGAAGGACUUGAGCAAUUAAUAGGUGAAGAAAUGGGCUCUGUCAGUAAGGGCUCACUAAUUUUCUCUAGAAGCUGGUCUUUGGAUCUGGGCUUGCAAGAGAACCACAAAGUGCUCUGUGAUGCUCUUCUUAUUUCCCAGGACAAGCCUCCAGUCCUAUACACCUUCCACACGGUACAGGAUGAGGAGUUUAAAGGCUAUUCUACACAAACUGCCCAAACUUUAAAACAGAAACUGGCAAAAAUUGGUGGUUACACUGAAAAAGUGUGUGUCAUGACAAAGAUCUUCUACUUGAGUCCUGAAGGCAAGACAAGCUGCCAGUAUGAUUCAAACUUGCAGGUAAUUUACCCUGAAUCCUACUAUCGGACAACAACUCGAACAGUGAAAGACUUGGAAGAGGCUCUUUCAAAUAUCUUACCUAAGGAGAAUCAAAUCUUUUUGUUUGUUUGUUUGUUCAUUUUGUUUUUGUUUUUUGCUUUUUCUUAAGAUGAGUCUCAUUCUGUUGCCCAGACU